AUGCGCCGUGCCGCUUCCACGGACGUAUGUCGUGCCGUUGAAUCAUGGAACGUUCCACUUCUCGUGAUACGCAAAGAACACACGAAUCUCAUCUACAAUGACUCAUUCGCAAAUCCCAUGGAUUCCACGUAUAAGUCAUACGUUCGUGAUUACGAGCGUGGAAUUGGUGGAUGCUACCCCCACACGACUCUUCGCAAUGCCUUCGUCGCCGCUGACGUGAACGAAAUCGUCAAUCCACGGAUGAUGAAUGCCAGCUGGGAAAGUGGACUUCUGUUCAACACCACAGUUCACUUCAGAAAAGGAGCUGUCCGAAUACCGUCAGAUGUCUACUAUGAACUGGUCCGAUACAUCAUUGAACGAAACGGUUAUGAAGUUGGUGACAGUGGACUGUAUCUGAACGAGUACCAACCGAAUCCCUACAAACCCUGCUUCAAGGUUGGCCUACUCACUCAUUUCGACUUUUACCUCUUCAAUUCCGACAUUUCCAGAAUGACUGCCAUCCAAAGGGAAUCUGCUAUGACGUCAACGAUCGGACUUAUCGAUGCGAGUGUGGUGCCGGAUUCCGAGAACUCGAUCCUUCGGAUCCUGGGAAGAAAUGCGUCCCUGUCUACGGAUUCAACGAAUGCGAAAAAGAAGGAGGACAACGAGUGCUCGGAGAAUGCUCGCUGCAUCGAUCUGACAUCUUUACAAAUGCGAAUGCCUACCGUCGUAUUCGGACGCUGCUCCUCCAGGAGCCGUUCCAGAUCCGUCUGCGUUCUUGACUACUGUAGUGAUGUGAACUUCUGUCCUACGAAUACCACUUGCAAGAACAUGGAACAGCAGGCCGAAUGCCGAUGUGACCCCGGCUUCACAGACAUUAGAAAAAGUGAACACCGUAACGCCAUUGGACUAGGCGACGACACUCUAUGCAUGCAUGUGAGGGACGUGAACGAAUGUGCUCUCGGACUCACCAACUGCUCAGGAGUGGCCGAGUGCAUUGACCGACCAAUCGGCUACACCUGCAGAUGCCCUGAAGGCUACAUCGAUGGCAGUCCAGACGAGCCGGGUCGAGUCUGUGGAGCGCUGCUCUGCGAUUUGUGCAAUUCUCACGGAGACUGUGUUCACAACGCUCAAACAAACAACAUCACUUGUGUCUGCAGUUGCCCCAUCAAAUGCGUCGCUUGUGUUGCUGAUCCUGCUUGCCUUACUCUUCCUCCUGCUCACCCUCUUGCUUGUCUACUCUACUUCUGCACGAAAUGUCAUUGCUUCAAAGCAAGGGGUAUAGCCGGUGGAGCGCCAUUUGUCUAUCGACGCGGAGGGGCUUGGCCAUGGUCAACGCUCGAAGGUUCUUCAUCUUCUGAAAGCGGAGCCGAAUUCUCAGCGCUCAGUGCCGCUGGUCACGACUACUACCCAGAUAUUGGAAUUCCGAGAGCAAAAUUAAAGGCUGGUGCUGUUGUAACGGACGCCGGCGCGAAGUCCAUGGACGUCGCAAGGUUGGAGCAGUAUCUGUCCGAUGGUGCCGUUCGCAUUCCACGGGCUCAUCUGGUCGGAAGCAGCGGUCGUCUAAAUGAGACUUGUGACAGCAUGUCUGAUGCCUCUAGCGAAUACACUAUCAAGGAAGAGAUUGAACGAAGUGAUGGGAAGGGUAACACAACAAAAGAAAUCAAGACCACAACAACCACCGAUGCUGCCGGAAACAUAGUGACGACCACUGCUGAAACGUACGCUUAUCCACAGCAUACCGUAUCUCACGGAGAGAAUGCAGCGGAGGCGUCGCGUACCUCUGUCCUUGUCGGGGAUUCUUCAUCGUACGCGGCUCGAAAUGCGGAAUACUCGAACGCUGCAGCGUUUAGCGACCGACAAUACCGUCAUUCUGGUGCCGAAGAACGUGAACGUGGUGAAAGUGUGGCCGAGUUUUCUAUUGGACGGGCAAAGUCGAAGGACUACUUGACACGGGAACGCGAUGUUGUCGAGUACUCUUCGGAGCAGGAUAUGUCGCAGUCCGAGGAGCAUGAGGUUGGAGAUGUCCACACUCGUGUCUCUCACUCGCACCACUAUGAACCAAUUAGGAAUGGCGAAUCGGAGCGAUUCCGCUCAGAGAUGGUGACCAGCCAGAAAUCCACAUCAGUGACGAAGCACUGA